GCACCAUCCAUAAAUUGAUACCUAGCAAAUCCAGAGGAACCAAUGAAUUUUAUUUUCUUCAUAAUAAAGAAAAACUUAGCCUCAAAACAGAAAGCAAAUAAAUGUUUAUUUAACUUACGUAAAUACAAAUAAAAAAAAUAGAUAUAUAAUGAGAUGCCAGCCAAUACGAAAAGGAUGUGGCACGUGUGUAAAGUGAAAAGUUAUAUGAGAGAAGCAUGGGAAAAGGGCACGGUGGAGUAGGAGUAGGAGCCUGCCAUGUUUGUCCGUGAGAGAAGGGAAGGGUUCAUGCUUUUAACUCUUCUUUCUCACUCCCACUCUCUCUUCUUCUUCUAACCAAAUGGACUCUUCCCAUCACUCCACCGCUUGAUCUACUUCUCCGUUUCUUCUGCUUUUGAUUUGUUUUGACCUUAUAGAUUAAAGGUGUUAUUUUAUUUCUAGCGGAUUUUAUCUCCUGAUUAAUGGAUUUGAGCGAUUGUUGGAAAUAAGUAAUUUAUAUAUAUGAAUCGUCUCGAAGAGUAUCCGGUCUUGUCUCUGAACUCAUGUUUUUGGUGCCUUUGAUUUCAACCCUCUUUCACAAGCGUGGAUUAAGAGUUCAAUUUGGGUUUAUUUAUAUCUAAGUUACUUGUUGAUGUUGUUUCUGAAGUUUGAAUACAAAGCUGGGAAAGAAUAGAAUACAUACAAAAUUACUUUUGUUUUGGGGGAAUGAAGGGGAGGGGUCCCUUUUAACUGUUUGGAAACCUGUGAUAACAACCUCUGCUUUGGUGAUGACAGAUCCGUUUGCACGGGUGUUAGAUUAUGGAAUCCUGUGAUUGUAUAGACACACAAUAUCCUCCAGAUGAACUUCUUGUCAAGUAUCAGUAUAUUUCGGAUGUUCUGAUUGCCCUUGCCUAUUUCUCAAUUCCUGUGGAACUUAUCUAUUUUGUUCAGAAGUCUGCUUUCUUUCCAUAUAGAUGGGUGCUUAUGCAGUUUGGCGCUUUUAUUGUGCUCUGUGGAGCAACUCACUUCAUAAACUUGUGGACGUUCUCUCCACACUCUAAAGCUGUUGCUGUUGUAAUGACAAUUGCCAAAGUGUCGUGUGCUAUUGUGUCUUGUGCGACUGCUCUGAUGCUUGUUCACAUUAUUCCUGAUCUGUUGAGCGUCAAGACGCGUGAAUUAUUCCUUAAGAACAAGGCUGAAGAACUUGACAGGGAGAUGGGACUUAUUCUUACUCAAGAAGAAACCGGAAGGCAUGUUAGAAUGUUGACUCAUGAAAUCAGGAGCACACUUGACAGGCAUACCAUUCUGAAGACUACUCUUGUGGAGCUGGGUAGGACUUUAGGCUUGGAGGAAUGUGCAUUAUGGAUGCCGUCAAGAAGUGGCCUGAAUCUGCAACUCUCCCAUACUUUAACCUACCACCAAGUGCAAGUUGGGUCUACUGUGCCAACAAACCUUCCUAUUGUCAAUGAAGUCUUCAAUAGCCCUCGAGCUAUGAGGAUACCGCACACCUGUCCACUGGCCAGGAUCAGACCUCUCGUGGGAAGAUAUGUGCCACCUGAAGUUGUUGCUGUUCGGGUGCCACUUUUGCAUCUGUCAAAUUUCCAAAUUAAUGAUUGGCCUGAUCUUUCAGCAAAAAGCUACGCAAUCAUGGUUCUCAUCCUCCCUACUGAUAGUGCUAGAAAAUGGCGAGACCAUGAGUUGGAACUUGUUGAUGUUGUUGCUGAUCAGGUAGCAGUUGCCCUUUCACAUGCUGCUAUUUUGGAGGAGUCUAUGCGAGCCCGUGAUCAACUCAUGGAGCAGAAUGUUGCUUUAGACUUAGCUCGGCGAGAGGCAGAGAUGGCGAUUCAUGCUCGCAAUGAUUUCCUUGCUGUCAUGAAUCAUGAAAUGAGGACACCAAUGCAUGCAAUUAUAGCAUUAUCAUCACUUCUCUUGGAGACUGAACUGACUCCAGAGCAGAGGGUUAUGAUAGAGACAGUAUUGAAGAGUAGUAAUGUUUUGGCAACACUUAUCAAUGAUGUUUUAGAUCUUUCUCGCCUUGAAGAUGGUAGCCUUGAAUUAGAAAUGGGAAAAUUCAACCUUCAUGGUGUUUUGGGAGAGGUCGUUGAACUGAUAAAGCCUAUAGCAUCUGUGAAAAAAUUACCUAUUACUUUAAUUCUGGCUCCCGAUCUGCCUUCUUAUGCCAUUGGUGAUGAAAAGCGGCUUAUGCAAACUCUCUUAAAUGUUGUGGGUAAUGCUGUCAAAUUCACCAAGGAGGGCUAUGUUUCUAUAAGAGCAUCUGUUGCAAAACCAGAAUCUUUACAGGAUUGGCGCCCUCCUGAAUUUUAUCCAGCAUCAAGUGAUGGCCAUUUCUACAUACGAGUCCAGGUCAAAGAUUCUGGAUGUGGAAUUCUCCCGCAAGAUAUUCCACAUCUCUUUACCAAGUUUGCUCAGUCUCGGAGUGGACCAGCACGACCUAGCAGUGGUGCAGGUCUUGGGCUUGCCAUUUGUAAAAGAUUUGUAAAUCUCAUGGGUGGUCACAUAUGGAUUGAGAGUGAGGGCCCUGACAAAGGAAGCACAGCUACAUUCAUCGUCAAACUUGGGAUUUGCAGCAAUCCAGACUCAUCAGAUCAUCAAGCUGCAAACAGAGGCCAAGCAUAUAGUGGAAGUGGAGGCCUCGCUAGAUUUAAACCCUUUGUCAAAGAAGAUGAUGACGCAGGUUUUUCCAAUCGACGCAACCAAAGAAGUUUCUAAAAUCCAUAGAACCUAAAUUGCAUACCAUUUGAUCACAGUCGACCAAAUAUAGUAAACUUAUUUUCAUUUUGCAUAUUGCAAAUUGUAUAAUUUUCAGUUUGCAGCUAUAGAUUAGGCUACUGCGUCAGGUAUGUUUCUAACAAACAGGUCUUACCCGUAAGUCCUGUCAUAUUAUUAACUAGCAUAUAAUACAAAAAAACGAAGUUGAGGGAUGAUCCAUAAUUGAUUUAGAGUACUAUUUCUGAUAUUCAGUACGCAAAAGUUAGUUUUGUUUGGUG